UACCAAGCAUGCGCUAUAAUGUAUAAACAGAACGCUGUGACAUGACAGCUUCGUGAAUGCACUUAUUUGGAAAAUUAUUAUUAUUAUGUGUGUGAAGCUCUAAAUCUUUAAAACAUACGUAAGUAAUUAUAGAAAGUAUAAUAUUAGGUUGUCUUUUUAUUUAGAGUAAACGAAACCUUUCGAGUUAUCAACAGACACUGAACUUUUCCCUAAAAUCAUUCGCGUGUUCGUGUGAGGGAUAUGGAGGUUGAAGACUUCGUUUCCAAGACACUCGAGCUUCUGCAAGAGGAGAGAGAAGCGGAGUUAGAAGAAUCACGGGCAUGGCAGGAAAAUUUAUCCCCCAAAAAUUUACAACAAAAAGGAGUGUACCUUUCUAAAUUACAGAUAGGAAGCCAGCACACGGGCAUGUAUGGGAGGCUUUUAGUAGUAUUUGAACCCAGGAAAUGUAUAGGACCAUCAGUUCUCCCCAGUAACACAUUUGGACCUGGUGAUAUUGUCGGUCUGUAUCAAUCAGAAAGUCAGGGUCAGCAAUCUCAGUUGGGUUCAGGAGUGGUGACACGUGCCACUCAGACGUCCCUGACAGUGGCUUUUGAUGACACGCAAGAUGGUAUUAAUUUGGACAGAGAUGGACUCUACAAUCUGAUGAAGUUGGCGAAUGAUGUGACAUACAGGCGACUCACAAAUGCCUUAAAGUCUUUAAAUGGAUAUGGCAGUGGUCCUGCAUCUCACCUGAUUAGCGUCUUCUUUGGUUACUCAGAGCCAGGGACAAUAUCACAUCAAAAUGCAUUGGAAUUCAGCAACACUGGGUUAGAUGAUUCUCAAAAGGAAGCCGUGGCUUUUGCACUUUCUCAAAAAGAUGUUGCAAUCAUACAUGGACCACCAGGGACCGGCAAAACCACAACAGUGGUUGAAGUAAUCCUGCAGGCUGUGAAACAAGAACAAAAGGUCCUUUGCUGUGCUCCUUCUAACGUGGCUGUUGAUAACCUGGUGGAGCGCCUGGUGAAGAGCAAGGUCAAGGUUUUAAGAUUGGGUCACCCAGCUCGUCUUCUUGAGUCCAUACAGAAACACUCAUUGGAUGCUGUACUUGCACACAGUGACAACACUAACGUCAUUUCUGAUAUUCGCAAAGACAUGGACAAAGCUUUUAGUGAAAUGAAAAAGGCCCGUGAUAAGGGCCAGCGGAGCAACCUGAGACGGGAGAUUAAGGAUCUGCGGCGAGAGCUGAGGUCCAGAGAGGAUACGGCUAUCACCCAGAUCCUGAAAAGAGCAGAUGUUAUUCUGGCAACUAACACUGGAGCCUCUAAUGAUGGUCCCCUGAAACAUCUUCCUAAUGAUCAUUUUGACUUGGUAGUGAUAGAUGAGUGUGCUCAGGCCCUAGAGAGCAGCUGUUGGAUCGCUCUGCUCAAAGCACACAAGUGCAUUUUAGCCGGGGAUUACAAACAGCUGCCACCCACCAUCAAAUCACAGAGCGCUGCAUCUAAAGGCCUGUCUGUGAGCUUAAUGGAGAGGCUGAUCAAGAAAUAUGGAGACUCGGUGGUUCGAAUGCUGACCACUCAGUAUCGUAUGAACAGUGCCAUCAUGCAGUGGGCUUCAGAGGAGAUGUAUCAGGGCAAACUGAUCGCACACCACUCAGUGGAGAAACACUUGCUUAGAGAUCUGUCUGGAGUUGCUGAUGUUGAGGAAACCAGAAUUCCCCUUCUGCUCAUUGACACAGCGGGUUGUGGCCUUAGUGAGAUGGAAGACACAGAUGAGCAGUCCAAAGGCAAUCAAGGAGAGGUGGACAUUGUGGCUCUUCAUAUUAAAGCUCUUACUGAGGCUGGAGUUCAAGUCAAAGAUAUUGCGAUUAUUGCACCUUAUAAUCUACAGGUGGAUCUUUUGAGAGAAAAACUGUCCUGUAAAUAUGCUGAGCUGGAGAUCAAGUCUGUUGAUGGCUUCCAGGGCAGAGAGAAAGAGGCAGUGGUGUUGUCAUUGGUCAGAUCCAACCGAAAGGGUGAGGUUGGAUUUCUUGCCGAAGACCGAAGGAUCAAUGUGGCUGUAACUCGUGCCAGACGGCAGCUCACAGUAGUGUGUGAUUCUCAAACCGUUCGAAACCAUGACUUCCUCAAAUCCCUCGUGGUCUACAUGACUGAACACGGGGAAGUUCGAACCGGAUUUGAAUACCUGGAAGACUGUGUGCCACAGAAUUACACGCGUGACGGUAAAGACAAACAGCGUGGCGCUAAAGAUGCUUCAUCCACAAAACAGAAGUCUAAAAAUCAAGGUAAAAAAUCAGAGCAAGAACAUGAGAAAAAUGCAAACUACAGAGAGAGUCAGGACAUUGUUCAGUCUGGUCAACAAAACAAACAAAAUAAAACCAACAAUCUACCCCAUGCUAAACCCAGAGAUGCUGAGCAGACCCAAAAUAAAAGACAAGAGAUCAAGGAGCAGUUACUAAACUUUCUAAAGGACCAAAACCAAAAUGAACUACAGUUUUCUUCCUCGCUCAAUUCCCACGAGCGCAUGCUGGUCCACGAGCUCUCUGAAGAACUGGGUUUAAAGCACGAAAGCCAGGGAGAGGGAAAAAACCGUCGCAUCACCGUCUCCCGGCCACCGGCAGCUCCAGAAAUUCCAAAAAAGGAGCCAAAACCCCGACCAGCAGACGUGACUGCAAGGGCUGUGGUGGAACCACAUGCCGAGAAAUCGCAGAAUGAAGCCUCACAGUCACCGGUUGAUCUAAAAAGCCUGCAUCUGGAGCGCAUGCGUCGAGAAAUGGAGAAACGAGAGGAGAAAAAGCAGCAAAAAAGCGUGAGGUUGGAGCCAGAUCUCAGUACUAGUAAAAACCAGACUGUUAAGAAAUCUAAAGGCACGGCCAAAGGAGGCACUAAGAUGAAAGCAGGAGCAGUGGACAUAGCUGCAGCAGCCGCAGCCGAUGACGAUUUUGACGCGCUCAUCGAUGCUGUGGUGAAGGCCGACAGUGUGUGUGCCUUCGUCAAGUGUAAAGCCAGCGUCCUCACGCUAGGCCAGCUCUGCAUCCACUGUAACAGACAAUACUGUCUGAGUCACCAUAUACCUGAGGUUCAUGGAUGUGGUGACAAAGCAAAAUCCCAGGCUAGAAUGAGGAUCAGUAAGGAGGGGGUGCUGUAUGCUGGAAGUGGACAAAAGGACAAAUCAAUGGAUCCAAAUAAAAAAGCAUACCUGCAGAGAAAAUUUGACUCCAAGCUUAAAGAUAUGGCAUCCCAAAGAAAACCCAAAGCUAAGGACAAAGAAAAUUGACAUUCUGUGAUACACUAGAUCUAUUUAAUGCUGUUUAAAUUAAAUUGUAAUCACACAAAAGAUGACCAUGGUGCAAUAUUUAAGUAAACAUAGUAAAUUAUA